AUGAACGCAUCUGGUCAAAAUAAGCAUACAACUACGUCCAAGAACAGUUCUAUCGCAGCCAAUAAAUGUGGUCUUCAAAAAUCGAAAAUUAAUAUUGCACAUUUAAAUAUUUGCUCUCUAAAAAAGAGGGAACAUUUAAUUCAGAUAAGACUUUUGAUGCAGGAAAAUAAGUUUGAUGUACUUGCCGUGUCGGAAUCUUGGCUUACGUCCAGUGUGAGAAAUGAAGAGGUUGAAAUUUUCGGAUACAGUCUAUCUAGAUUGGACCGGCGAGGGAGAUCCGGUGGGGGUGUGUGUGCCUAUAUCAAGAGCUCGUUGAAAAAAAAGGUGCUUAGGGAUUUAACAGAAAUUUCAGAAUCUGGUUUUCAUCAGUUAUGGUUACAAAUUCAGCAUAAAAAAUUGAAAUCUUUUCUAUUAUGCGUUUGUUACCGACCUCCAGAUAAUCCUGUAUCUUGUUUUACCAAUAAUUUUAUGGAUAAUUAUAUCAAAGCACUCACUUUUGGUAAAGAUAUCAUAAUUGCUGGAGACUUAAAUUGCGACUUGUUAAAGACAGCUCAAGAGGCAAAGGUUUUGAAUGAUUUUUGUCACUGUUUAAAUUUGACACAGUUAAUUGAUAAACCGACGAGGGUCACGUCACGUUCGUCAACGCUUAUUGAUGUCAUGAUGACUUCAAAUAAAGAUUUGAUUGCAGAAAUUGGAGUGCUUGAAACCUAUAUUAGUGAUCAUUUUCUGGUUUACUGUUCACUCAAACUAAAGUUGAUAAAACCGCAUCCAAUUUGCAUCACUGCAAGGAGUUAUAAGCAUUACGACCGAAACCAAUUCCUCUGUGAUUUGGCAUGCAUUCCGUGGCAUGAGAAUUUAUUUGUUGAAAAUGUAAAUGAUAAACUGUCGCAUUUUGAUAGUAAUUUUCAAAAUGCAUUGGCUAGGAAUGCACCAAUUAAGACAAUGAAAAUAAGACAUCGACAAGUACCAUUUGUUGACGAUGAGAUCAAAGAACUGAUGAAAAAUAGAAAAAGAUUACACAAAUUUGCUCGUCUAACCCGAAUGCCAUCUGAUUGGGAGAAAUAUCGUGCGCUUCGAGAUAAAGUUAAAUGUAAGCUACGCCAAGCAGAAAAAGAUUAUGUACACAAUGAAAUAUAUAAUAACCCAAAUAUAGCAUCGAUGUGGAAAGUCAUCAGGAACUGCGUUCCACGUAAAGAGACCACGAAACCAAGUUAUUCCGGAGAUGUUAAGAAAUUAGCUAAUGAAUUCAAUACCUUUUUUACCUCAGUGGGGAUAAAUACAUCAGCAACUACAUUGGCAUUGCUUACUGAACAUGGACUACCCAUACUGAAUCCACCAACAUCUACCGAAAUACCUGAGAUCGAUCAGUUUUAUUUCCAUUCAGUAUCGUGUAGUGAAAUAAGUAAGGUUGUUAUGUCCUUUUCAUCAAAUAAGGCACCAGGAUUUGACAAAGUAUCAAUGGCUGUGAUCAAGGACGCCUUACCGUACAUCCUUCCUACAAUAAUCGGCCCGUGUCGUUGUUAGUGGCUGCAUCUAAGAUCUGUGAACGUGUGGUAUUGAAACAGCUAACAGAGUAUAUGACAAAGAAGAAAAAAUUUACUAAACAUCAAAGUGGAAAUAGGAAGUUACAUUCAACCGAAACAUUAAACAUAUUCAUCUCAGAUUUAAUUCUCCAGUCCAUGGAUCGUAGAGAAGUGACUGCUUUACUCUUACUGGACUUGUCUAAAGCUUUUGAUAGCUUAGAUCAUUCCAUUCUGCUAAGAAAACUUUCGAAUAUUGGAAUCUCGAAGCCUGCGUUGUUUUGGUUUAAAAGCUAUUUGACAGGCAGGUGCCAAUCAGUACGUAUUGCGUCAGUGUUAUCUGAUGAAUGUGAAAUAACUCGCGGUGUUCCGCAGGGAUCGAUACUGGGUCCGGUGUUAUUUAAUAUAUAUAUCAACGACUUGCCUGGUGUACCCAAGGAGUCCAAUUUGGAGUCGUACGUGGAUGACUCAAAAAUAUAUUUAGCAUUCUCAAUCAGGGAUGCCGAGUUGGCAGCUAUGAAACUCACUGAAGACAUGCGAAGAAUUACCGCCUGGUGCUGUCUUAACAGUUUAUUGGUGAAUCCAGAAAAAACCAAGUUGCUUAUAUUAGGUACUAGGCAAAUGUUAGAACAGGUACCUAAAAAUUUUCAAAUAACUAUCCUUGGUGAGAAUAUUACUCCAGUUGCUGUUGCAAAGGAUUUAGGGAUGAUAUUGGACUCAUGUUUGAGCUACGACGAACAUAUCGCAAGCGUUGUUUCAUCUUGUAUCGCUGGAUUGGGCCAAAUUAGCAGAGUUAAACAUAUCUUUGACAGAAAAACAUUAAUUCUUAUUAUAAAUUCCUUGAUUUUUAGCAAAAUGUAUUACUGCUCUGCUGUUUGGUCUAAUACAUCCCAAAGAAAUAUCGAGAACUUUGCUGCACGUAUUGUUACAGGAACAAGAAAAUACGAUCACGUGACUCCUGUUCUGCAACAACUGGGCUGGCUUCCAGUUAAAUACAUGUUAAAAUUAAGAGAAGCCAUUUUUGCUUUAAAUGCUUGAAGGGGUUGGCACCAUUGUAUUUGCGUGAGAAGUUCCAUGUCAGGUCAGAUGUUCAUGGCGUUAACACAAGGCAAAAGAACAUUUUGGAUAUACCAAUGUACAGAUCAGCUGCGGGUCAACGAACAUUUCACUAUAGGGUUGUGUCCUUGUGGAAUUCUCUGCCUCAGUCUCUUAAAAACAUUGAUACUUUGACUCAUUUUAAAGUAGAAUACAAACGUAUGUUAUUAGAAGAAUUUUUAACUGUAAGUGGUGUUUAA